CAGUUUCGAGUUUUGACUCGACAGCAUUAAAACAUAACCUCACUUUUUCAUUGUUACAAUUUUUUAUUUUUGUUUUUCUAUUUACAUUAAAUUAAUAUUUAUAAUCUUGUUGUCCGUUGGUUCUGAUUAUUAGUAAUUAUUGUUUGUAGAUAGGUUAAGAGGUCAAAGUCUGUUGUUACUAAGAGGGGAUUAAAUUUAUCAGUUUGCUUUUGGUAUUUUAAUUUAGUACAGACUUUAUUUACUUUAGCGGAAACUUUGUCCUCUUCGGAAGUGUUUCUUUAACACUUUUUAAUACUCUAGACUUACGAAAAUGAGCUCCAAACCUCUUAUGGUAAUUCAAAUAAGCAAGAGACUUUACAGUUCUGCUUCGAAGAAAGAUGUUGUUAUUAUUUCUGCCGUAAGAACCCCAAUGGGUCCCUUCCUGGGAUCUAUGGCGCCCUUAACAGCACCCAGACUGGGUGCUAUUGCUAUUGAAGCAGCUGUUGAAAGAGCUGGUAUUCCUAAAGAAGAAAUUAAAGAAGUGUUUAUGGGCAAUGUGUGCCAGGGAGGAGUAGGACAAGCUCCUGCUAGACAAGCUACAAUUUUUGCUGGUCUUCCAAAAUCUACAAUAUGUACAACCGUAAAUAAAGUAUGUUCUUCUGGCAUGAAAUCUGUUAUGUUUGCUACUCAAAGCCUGCUAUUAGGCGACCAAGAUGUAAUUCUUGCUGGAGGUAUGGAAUCAAUGUCAAAUGUACCUUAUUAUAUGAAACGAGGUCAGACACCUUAUGGAGGAGUAAAUUUAUCAGAUGGCGUAGUCUUAGAUGGACUGUGGGAUGUAUACAACAAAUUCCAUAUGGGCAACUGUGCCGAAAAUACAGCUAAAAAAUUAAAUAUUUCCAGACAGCAACAAGAUGAGUAUGCUAUCAAUAGUUACAAAAGGAGUGCUGAAGGUUAUAAAAAUAAUGUAUAUGCUUCUGAAUUGGUGGCUGUCAAUGUUCCACAGAAAAGGGGUACACCAGAUUUAGUGGUAGCAGCUGAUGAAGAGUACAAAAGGGUUAAUUUUGAUAAAUUCGGAAAACUAGCUACGGUUUUUCAAAGAGAAAAUGGCACCGUAACUGCCGGUAAUGCAUCCACCCUAAACGAUGGAGCAGCAGCUCUAAUUCUAACAACGUCCGAGAACGCUAAAAGGUUAAACGCUAAACCGUUAGCAAGAGUUGUCAGUUACCAAGACGGAGAAUGCGACCCAGUAGAUUUUCCAAUAGCUCCAGCAGUAGCGAUUCCAAAAUUACUUGAAAAAACUGGUGUAAGUAAAGACGAAGUUGCCAUGUGGGAAAUAAAUGAAGCUUUCAGCGUUGUAGUUUUGGCCAAUCAGCAAAUCUUAGGAUUGAAUCCUGAUAAGAUUAAUAUUCACGGUGGUGCAGUCAGUUUGGGACAUCCCAUAGGCAUGUCUGGAGCAAGAUUAAUAGUACACUUGGUGCAUUCUUUGAAGAGCGGCGAAAAGGGAGUAGCUGCCAUCUGCAAUGGUGGAGGUGGCGCAUCUUCUGUGAUGAUUGAAAAAUUGUAAGUUUAUUUGCUAAAUGGUUUAUAGAGUUAAGAGAAAAAUUGUAUUUUUUUAUCUUUUCGAUUUAUAUAAAUUUAGGAUAUACAGGUAGGUGAUUCAAGUUAUUCAUUAUACAUUUUAAAAGUACCAUUUUUAUUAACCUGUGUUUUACGUAAUCUGUAUUAUCAAUUUUAUUUGUUUUAAUUCUCAAUUUUUUGAGUAAUUUUAACUUGAAUCGUCUAUUACAAAAAGUGAUUUUAAUCACGAAAUUUAAUGCCAAAAUUUUAUUUUUAUUUAUACAUUUUUUUAAAUAUAUGGAAUAAAUAAAAUAAUUUUAAUUCG